GUUUGUGGAAAAAUCUUAUCUUUUAAAGUCAAGAUCUAAUUUACUCCACAGAUGUGAGACAAUACGUUGAUCAAUUCGUUUCACAGAAAGAAAAAAAAAAUCAUAGAAAAAAAUAUGAUGCAUUCUUCUAGUGUGAGGAGGAUGAUAACAGUAAAAUGGAGCUUGUGUUUAAUCUUCUGCCUUACAAACUCAAUACUUGUUAGUGCUAAACACUUGUGUCUUCCAGACCAGAAGGAUUCUCUUUGGGGGUUCAAGAACGAGUUCAAUGUCCCAAGCCCCCAUUCAUAUGCGAUGACUGAGAAGUGGAGGAACAACACUGAUUGCUGUUCCUGGGAUGGUGUCUCUUGUGAUCCCAAGACGGGAGUGGUGGUUGAGUUAGACCUCCAGUAUAGUCAUCUCAAUGGUCCUUUGAGAUCUAAUAGUAGCCUGUUUAGACUACAACAUCUUCAGAAGCUAGUUCUUGGCAGCAAUCAUCUUUCGGGUAUUCUACCGGAUUCCAUAGGCAAUCUCAAACGUUUGAAGUGAAGGACCAGAUUCAAUGGGGAACCUUAACCGACUAACCGAUAUGCUUCUCAAGUUGAGCUCGGUCACCUGGAUCGACCUUGGUGAUAACCAGUUGAAAGGUAUGCUCCCAUCUAACAUGAGUAGCCUCUCCAAACUGGAGGCUUUUGAUAUUAGUGGAAAUUCAUUUUCUGGAACCAUUCCCUCUUCUCUCUUCAUGAUCCCUUCGUUGAUUCUACUUCACCUGGGAAGAAACGACUUCAGCGGUCCUUUUGAGAUUGGGAAUAUCUCUUCACCAUCUAAUCUUCAACUAUUAAACAUUGGAAGAAACAAUUUCAAUCCGGACAUUGUUGAUUUGAGUAUUUUCUCACCUCUCUUGUCACUUGGUUAUUUGGAUGUUUCAGGGAUUAAUUUGAAGAUCAGUUCAACCGUCAGUCUUCCCUCACCCAUAGAAUACUUGGGUCUAUUGUCGUGCAAUAUUUCCGAGUUUCCCAAAUUUCUACGUAACCAAACCAGUUUGGAGUAUUUAGACAUCUCUGCCAAUCAAAUUGAAGGCCAAGUACCGGAGUGGUUAUGGAGUCUGCCAGAGUUGCGGUAUGUUAACAUUUCUCAUAAUUCUUUCAAUGGUUUCGAAGGACCAGCAGAUGUUAUUCAAGGAGGUCGAGAAUUACUUGUGCUUGACAUAAGUUCAAACAUAUUCCAGGAUCCAUUUCCUUUGUUACCAGUAGUCUCUAUGAAUUACUUGUUCAGCUCCAAUAAUCGAUUCUCGGGAGAGAUUCCUAAAACAAUAUGCGAAUUGGAUAAUCUUCGGAUACUUGUUUUGUCAAACAACAACUUCAGCGGUUCUAUUCCUCGGUGUUUUGAGAAUUUACAUCUUUAUGUCUUGCACCUUCGGAAUAACAACCUCUCUGGUAUUUUUCCAGAGGAAGCUAUCAGUCAUCACUUGCAAUCAUUUGAUGUUGGUCACAAUCUUUUCUCAGGAGAACUUCCCAAAUCAUUGAUCAACUGCAGUGAUAUCGAGUUUCUAAACGUGGAAGAUAACAGAAUCAAUGACACGUUUCCAUCCUGGUUGGAAUUGUUGCCCAAUCUUCAGAUUCUUGUCCUUCGUUCUAACGAGUUCUAUGGGCCAAUAUUUUCUCCUGGAGAUUCUUUAAGUUUCUCCAGGUUGCGAAUCUUUGAUAUUUCGGAAAAUCGCUUCACUGGAGUUUUGCCGUCAGAUUACUUUGUUGGUUGGAGUGUAAUGUCAUCAGUCGUGGACAUUGAUGGUAGAAUAAUUCAGUAUACAGUUACAGGAAUUGACCGGGACUUCUACCAUAAGUCUGUAGCUCUCAUAAACAAAGGAUUAAAGAUGGAGCUGGUUGGGAGUGGUUUCACAAUCUACAAAACCAUCGAUGUCUCGGGAAACAGACUCGAAGGAGACAUCCCCGAGUCCAUCGGUCUUCUCAAAGAAGUGAUUGUGCUCAGCAUGUCAAACAACGCUUUCACAGGCCAUAUUCCACCAUCUCUAUCAAACUUGAGCAAUCUCCAAUCAUUGGAUCUUUCUCAAAACAGAUUAUCCGGCAGUAUCCCAGGAGAGCUCGGAAAACUCACGUUUCUAGAGUGGAUGAACUUCUCGCACAACAGGCUUGAAGGUCCAAUACCAGAAACCACUCAGAUUCAAACCCAAGAUAGUUCUUCUUUCACAGAGAAUCCCGGGCUUUGCGGUGCUCCUCUCCUAAAAAAAUGUGGUGGAGAAGAAGAAGCAACAAAGCAAGAACAAGAUGAAGACAAGGAAGAGGAAGAUCAAGUAUUUAGCUGGAUAGCAGCUGCAAUAGGCUACGUACCUGGUGUUGUGUGUGGACUCACCAUCGGCCACAUUCUGGUUUCACACAAACGUGACUGGUUCAUGAGAAUUGUUUCCUUCUUUACUUAAGUAAGCAUUCAAUAAACUUUCUCAAGACUUGUUUGAAAAUCAUAUUAUCAAUCUACAUUCUUACACUUAUUUGAAAGAUAAAAUAUCUCCUUGUCCUUUUAAAUUAAUGUUCUAAUAUCGUCGUAAGGAAUUUGGUCUGCAACGUUUUAUAUGUAGAAACAAAAACUGUAUAAUAGUUAUAGCAUGAAACUUUGAUUAAGAAUUAGAAGUGGUUACAGAGGAUUGUUGUAUUACAGAGGAUUAAUUUUAUGAACAAAAAAAAAAGAAACCAAUAAAGUAGAACCGAAACGGUCUAAAUUUAAAUGUUUGUGUAUAUGUGUAACUCUAAUGUUUUGAGUUGUAUUAUAAGUGUGUUAUGCAUUCGAGUUAGUUCUAUUAGUUUCCUAUAAUUUCGUUACAAUACUACUGUAUCUCUCUGUCCUCUUCUCUUCUUUGCUUUCAUUUUUUUUUCAGAUUCAGUUCCAUCAUCACAACAAAGAACCCUAAAUCAAUUUCACAUUACGUUUCAUCACC